AUGAUCUACGACUUUUCAUUGCAGAGUGGAGGUCAAGAUGGUGACCCCAUUAAGCACCCUUGGGUCAAGCCACGGGGAAACACACCAUUUGGUAUUGACAGCAUGCCAGACCUCCGCAAGAGGAGGCCGAUUCCUCUUGUUAGUGAACUGACUAUGAUGCUGUCCAGGAAAGCUGGACUCACUCACACACUAGCCACAAGGGCCUCCUUAAAAGAUGAAGAACUUAAAAAUCAUGUAUACAAGAAGACCCUGCAGGCUCUCAUCUAUCCCAUCUCCUGCACUACACCCCACAAUUUUGAGGUGUGGACUGCCACAACGCCCACAUACUGUUACGAGUGUGAGGGUUUGCUGUGGGGCAUUGCUCGACAGGGCAUGCGUUGUACAGAGUGUGGGGUCAAAGUUCACGAGAAAUGUCAAGAAUUACUAAAUGCUGACUGCCUGCAGAGAGCAGCUGAGAAGAGUUCCAAGACUGGGGCAGAGGAUCGGACGAACCACAUUAUCAUGGCUAUGAGGGACAGGAUGAAGAUCCGUGAGAGAAACAAGCCAGAGAUCUUUGAGGAAAUACGGAAGUUGUUUGAUGUUUCUAAGAUGAUCCAUGCUCAACACAUGAAGAGCAUUAAGCAGAGUGUCCUAGAUGGCACCUCCAAGUGGUCGGCCAAGAUCACUAUCACAGUCGUCAGUGCACAGGGUCUUCAGGCCAAGGACAGGACAGGCUCCAGCGAUCCAUAUGUCACCAUACAAGUAGGCAAGACCAAGAGGAGAACAAAGACCAUCUAUGGCAACCUGAACCCAGUCUGGGAGGAAAAGUUUAGCUUUGAGUGUCACAACUCAUCUGAUCGUAUCAAACUGCGAGUUUGGGAUGAGGACGAUGACAUUAAGUCCCGAGUGAAGCAGCGUCUAAAGAGGGAAUCAGAUGAUUUUCUGGGUCAGAGCAUCAUUGAGGUUCGAACUCUGAGCGGAGAGAUGGACGUUUGGUACAACCUUGAAAAGAGAACAGAUAAGUCAGCGGUGUCAGGUGCCAUUCGCCUUCAGAUUAGUGUUGAAAUCGAGGGAGAGGAGCAAGUAGCUGCAUAUCAUGUACAGUACACUUGCCUUCAUGAGAAUAUGUUUCACUUCUCAACGGAUGUGGAGGGAGGUGGUAUAGUGAAGAUACCAUCUGCUCAUGGAGACGAUGCAUGGAAGGUCUUCUUUGACGAAUUGCAACAGGAAAUUGUGGAUGAGUUUGCCAUGCGUUACGGUGUUGAGUCGAUUUAUCAGGCCAUGACACAUUUCUCUUGCCUGUCCUCUAAGUACAUGCUGUCAGGGAUACCAGCAGUGAUGAGCACCCUGCUGGCUAACAUCAAUGCCUUCUAUGCCCACCCCACUGCCUCCACAAAUGUCUCUGCUCCCGCUAGAUUUGCAGCCUCUAACUUUGGGGUAAGUGUCUUCCAGUCAAAAUAA